AUGCUCGGCGGGUUACUCUUCGGCUUUUGGAGGUUCGUGGAGAUUGUCACAUUAAUACCUGUCAUUGGCAUGCUGGCCUGGUUUGUCGAUGGCUUCGACGACAACAACCAACUGACGCCAUCCUUCAUCCUGACCUUGUUCAUCGUCUCGGUGCUCGCCUGCGCUUGGGCCCUGGUGACCCUCCUCCGCCUCGGCUCGACCCGCAGAUCUGCCCUGUUCGUCGCAUUCGUCGACCUCUGCUUCGUGGGCGCUUUCAUUGCCGCCGAUGUCGAGCUCAGAGGCAUCGACGACGCUAACUGCGCCAACUUCACUUCCGGAUCCAUCUUCAUCAACCUCGGUCCCUUUGGCUAUUACGGUCUGAACAGCGGGUCGUCAUGGGCGUUCCAUCUCAACAAGAACUGCGCGAUGCUGAAGGCAUCCUGGGCCUUGGGGAUAAUGAAUACCAUCCUCUUCUUUUUCACCUUCGUUCUGGCCCUCUUUCUCCACCGGCACGAGAGAGUGGUCGUCACAAAGGAGGUCCGGCGGACGCGACACAGCAGCCGGCGGGGUCACUCUCGUUCUGGAUCGAGAAGGAGCAGCAGCCGCCACCGAUACGUCGUUUAG